ACAAAGCAAUAUGAAAGAACCUACUUCCCCAUAAUUGAAGCUGCCAAACAUUGACCUCUAUUAUUUAAACUAACUUUGCCACAUGAACUUCAAAGUAUUAAAUUAACCCAUCACUCAUCUCUAAACUUUAUAACUCUUUUCAGAGAUCCAAAACCCAUGGAAUUCUCUUGCAAUACCCUCUUUUUCCUUCUCCUCCUACUCUCAUCAAAUCUUUUCACUUUGUUCAUCUUCACAACUUUCUACUCUUCCUCAUGCUCUCUCAACCCUCACUUACAGUCCGAUCCACCCUCUCCGGAGGACUUGAAAACUGAAACCCUAGACCUCCCCUCCGAGUUCGUCGCCUUCACAUCUCCACAGAAGCUCCCAUUCGGUUUCAACCGCAAUUUCGACUCCGACAAGAUCCUGCCGUCGGUGGGCAGCUCGUGCACCCUCUUCCAAGGCGACCUCCGCCGCUACAUGUCAUACGAAGUGAACGGAUCAUGCCCGGACGACGAGCUCCUCUCCCAGAAACUCCUCCUCAAGGGGUGUGAGCCCCUCCCCCGGCGCCGGUGCCGGCCCGCCGCCCCCGGCAACCCCGUGGAGCCCCGGCCCCUUCCCGACAGCCUCUGGUCCACCCCCUCCGACGCCACCGUGGUCUGGACGGCCUACAGCUGCAAAAACUACUCGUGCCUUAUCAACCGCUGGCGCAAGCAGAAGGGCUUCGACGACUGCAAGGACUGCUUCGACCUGGAGGGGCGCGAGAGGCGGCGGUGGAGCGGCCAUGCAGCCUCCAACCUGGACUUCACCAUCGAGGAGGUCCUGGGCGCGAAGCCGCCGGGGAGCAUCCGGAUCGGACUGGACAUCGGGGGCGGCGUGGCGACGUUCGCGGUGAGGAUGAGGGAGCGCAACGUGACGAUCAUGACGACGUCCAUGAAUCUGAACGGGCCCUUCAACAGUUUCAUCGCGGCGAGAGGGGUGGUGCCGCUCUACGUCAGCAUCUCGCAGCGGCUGCCGUUUUUUGACAACACGUUGGACAUAGUUCACUCGAUGCACGUGCUCAGCAACUGGAUUCCGGCGGAGCUGCUGCAUUUUAUGGUGUUUGAUAUAUACAGAGUGCUGAGGCCGGGGGGUUUGUUUUGGUUGGAUCACUUUUUCUGCGUGGGGGAUGAGCUGCAGGAGCUCUACGCGCCGCUCAUAGAGAGCGUGGGCUUUCGGAAGCUGCGGUGGGAGGUGGGGAGGAAGCUCGAUAGGGGGCCCGACCUCAAUGAGAUGUAUCUUUCUGCCCUCUUGGAGAAGCCAUUAAACAAUUCUUGGUGAUCCUUUUCUUCAUCUUUAUUUUGGUUUUUGGGCGGAAUAAUAUAUAUAUAUAUAUGACACAAAAUCGAUUUUUUUCAAUAACUCACAUUAACGAUAUAUUGAGAUCAUCGAUUCAGUAAUGUUAUUUCGAUUGAGUUGUAUUAUUGAUAUUGACCAGUACAUAAAAAUAUGUUGAGCUGUCAAAAUUGAUCCGAUCCGAUAGGCCGACUCAGUCUGCCUGGAUGUAUGGCUAGUCUAGGCUAAGCUUUUAAAAAUAAGGUCCAAAGAAACUCGGGCCUAAAAUAGUCUGCCAAAACAAUUUGUCGGGCUUUUGGGCUAAAUAAUUCUGGGUUUUAAAACAAGAAAAUAUGAAAUAUAUUGAAUUUCAAAAUCUGAAUUCAUUUAUAUUUUCACUAUUCUGAAUCUAAACCCAACUGUCCUCACUCCUACGUGCGUGCGUGUGCAAGUGUUCUUCUCUUCACUUCUCCCAUUCUGAACCGUCACCGCCGUCAACUGCCAAGCUCUAUCGCUGCCAUCGAUUCACAGAGACCUUCUCUCUCUCAAACUCUCUUACCUGUUAUCCUAUUCAACAGCGACGACACUGCCAAGCUCCAACCCACCGUUGACCGCUGCCAUCGACACCCUCUGGCACUACUCGCACGCCACGAAGACAUAAGGUAUUUUGUUGGGCUUAAUUUUUUUUAUAGAAUUGUUGCUAUAUGUAAAUCUAGAAAUCCAUUUAUUUAUUUAUGUUGUUUUGGUUGAUUCUCAGUUACUGUUUGUGAUAUAGUUGUAUUUGUAUAUUGUCUUCUUGAAUAUAAUUGUCUACCAAGAUUGCGAA